AUGGACUUGUCACAACCAGCCUUGAAUUCACUAUGCGAAGAUGAUUGUUUGUUGACACAUGAACAACUUGAUGAUGUUGUUCCCAUCGAAAUAGACCCUCAAAAUGAUGAAAAUGAAAUUAUUGGGGAUGAACAGUUAAAUGAUGAUGUGGACAGUUGUUGUUCCAAGCUCAACAAACAAUGCGGAGAUGAUUGUUUGUUGACACAUGAACAACUUGAUGAUGUUGUUCCCAUUGAAAUGGACCCUCAAAAUUUGAAUGAUGGUGUGGACAGUUGUUGUUCCAAGCUCAAUAAACAAUGCAGAGAUGAUUGUUUGUUGACACAUGUACAACUUGAUGAUAUUGUUCCCAUCGAAAUGGACCCUCAAAAUGAUAAAAAUGAAACUAUUGCGGAUGAACAGUUGAAUGAUGGUGUGGACAGUUGCCGUUCCAAGCUCAAGCUCAUAGAUAAAGAUAAAAAUGUUAAGGAACCUAAGAAUGGGAUGUUGUUUGGCUCUAUAGAGGAACUUCAUGAAUAUUAUAGAAAUUACGCUAAGAAAGAGGGUUUUGGUGUGGUACAGAAGAAGAAAAAAAAGGAUGAAAAUGGAGAUGUACAUUACAUCACUCUAGCAUGUGCUCGUCAAGGCAACAGACAAUCCAGCUCAAGCAAUAACGUUUGCAAGCCUAAUAAAACAAUCAGAACGGGAUGUAAGGCUACUUUGAAUGUAAAGUUAGUAGGCACAACGUGGUAUGUGACUAAUGCAAAUCUAUGCCAUAAUCAUGAUUUAAGCCCAGGCAAAGCGAGAUAUUUUAGAUGCCACAAGAAGUUGGAUCCUGCUACGAAGAGGAAGCUUGAUAUAGAUGAUAGAGUUGGAAUCCAUACGAACAAGAUCUAUAACUCGCUAGCUGUUGAAGCGGGGGGGUAUGAAAAUCUUACUUUUGGAGAGAAAGAGUGUCGCAAUUAUAUUGCGAAAUCAAGACGUCUUCGCCUUGGCACAGGAGGUGCUGCAGCACUUCGUGAUUAUUUUGAUAGAAUGCGGAAAGUGAAUGAUGAUUUCUAUUUUGAUAUGGAUGUGGAUGAUGAGUGUCGGUUGAAAAAUGUGUUUUGGGCUGAUGCACGAAGUAGGUCAUCAUAUGAAGAUUUCGGUGAUGUGGUUACAUUUGACACAACAUAUUUGACCAACAAAUACGAAAUGCCAUUUGCCCCUUUUGUAGGAGUUAAUCAUCAUGGUCAAUCAAUGCUUUUAGGGGCGGCAUUAAUUUCAAGUGAGGAUACAGCAACAUUUGUUUGGUUGUUUGAGGCAUGGUUGAAAUGCAUGAAGGGCUGA